AUGAUGGGGGCAAAGGCUAUCACAAGCCCCAGCACCUCCCUCUGCCUGGCACAACAGCACAGUGGAGUCAGCAAUGCCAUAGUGAAUUCCCCCUUCUAUCAGGUGUCCCGCUGUGGCCCUGCUUCAUGUACCAGUUGCUGCCACUCUAGGUGGCCUCCUUUCAGAGAGUCCACUUGUAGCCGCCUGUUCUACAUCCUCCUACAUGUGGGAGCCUCAGCAGUCUGCUGCCUCCUGCUGUCAAGGACAGUAGUAGAAAAAAUCUGGGGCAAAGGGCAUGGGAUCCAGAUGCCCUCAUGGGUAUGUGCCCACCUGUUUGGCCACUCUGAUUGUCCAGUGCUCAGUGGCUCUGGGGCUGUGUACAGAGUAUGUGCAGGAACUGCUACCUUCCACCUGCUGCAGGCUGUGCUGCUGGUCCACCUGCACUCCCCUACCAGCCCACGGGCACAACUGCAUAAUAGCUUCUGGCUCCUCAAGCUGCUGUUCCUAGUAGGUCUCUGUGCUGUGGCCUUCUGCAUCCCUGAUGAGCAUCUAUUCCCAGCCUGGCAUUACAUUGGUAUUUGUGGAGGCUUCGCUUUCAUCCUGCUGCAGCUGGUGCUUAUCACAGCCUUUGCCCACUCCUGGAACAAGAGCUGGGAGACAGGUGCAGCCCACAACUGCAGCUGGUUUCUAGCAGUAUUGCUGGCCACUCUGGGCUUCUACAGCACAGCAGGUGUGGGAGCUGUCCUUCUGUUUCGCCACUACACACACCCGGCUGGCUGCUUGCUCAACAAGAUGCUGCUUAGUCUACACCUUUGCUUCUGUGGUCUCCUCUCCUUCCUCUCCAUGGCUCCCUGCAUCUGCCUCAAGCAAACCCGCUCUGGCCUUCUACAAGCCUCCAUCAUCAGCUGCUAUAUCAUGUAUCUGACCUUCUCUGCACUGUCCAGCCGUCCUCCAGAUAUAGUAAUCCUUCAAGGACAAAAUCACACCUUGUGCCUACCUGGCCUGAAUAACAUAGGACCCCAGACACCAGAUACCUCCCUGGCAGUGCUGAGUGCUAGCAUCAUGUAUGCUUGUGUGCUUUUUGCUUGUAAUGAGGCUUCCUACCUGGCUGAGGUAUUUGGGCCCUUGUGGAUCAUCAAAGUUUACAGCUUUGAGUUUCAGAAGCCCUCUCUCUGUUUCUGCUGCCCCAAAACAGUGGAGCCAGAGGAAGGACCAAAGGGUAGGGCUGCCAGGCCAAGUUACCAAGAGACCACUCCAACUCCUCCAGUGCAAGCCCAGCAUCUUUCCUACAGCUAUUCUGCUUUCCACUUCGUCUUCUUCCUUGCAUCACUCUAUGUCAUGGUUACCCUUACCAACUGGUUCAGCUACGAGGGAGCAGAACUUGAAAAGACUUUCACCAAGGGUAGCUGGGCUACCUUCUGGGUCAAGGUUGCCUCAUGCUGGACCUGUGUACUCCUCUAUCUGGGGCUGUUACUGGCCUCCAGUCUGGGUUCUUCUAAUAAGCUGGGAUUCCCUUGA